AAAUAAUUUAAUAAAACGAAAUUAACUAAUUUAAUUGCCUUUAAAGAAUCUUUCAAAUUAAAACAAGUGAAAAACAAUGAAAUUAAAAAACAGAGAAUAAUUAAAGAAAAUUAAAAAAAAACUAAUUGAACUUAUAAAUAAUUAACAAAACAAAUCUAAAUUUAAAAUUAAAAUCUUUGUUCGCAGUUAAAGGUCACCAACAAAUACACUUUCAAUAGAAACUAGAAAGAUUUUGUUUAAACAAAAAACUAAUAAAAUUUUCACAUUUCACAGGCUUUUCAUUGAAAUGUAUGGGAAUACAUAAAAGCAAGUGACUGUAUAAAAGAAUUGAGAAAGAAUUUAUUACUUGGAACUUUCAAAUAAAUAUGUAUACAUAUUAAACAAAUAUUUACGUUUUAAGAAUUAUCAAAAAACAUAUUUCCUAAUGGCAUUCUUUAACUUUUGCAUAUGAAGAAAUAAAUUUAAAAAAAAACCAAAUCAAAGAAAACAAACCCCAAAAAAAUUUUUUAUAAUUCUCUAUUAACAGAAAAGAAACAGCAAAAGAGGAAAAAAGAAGCAAUUUUAAAUUAAUAAUAAUAAAUUAAAUAAACAAACACGUAUGAAAAACGUUUAAAAAAAAGACACAAAACAAAAAAAACCGUUGAACUGACAAAAAUGGCCACGUUAAAUAGAAAAAUAUUAAUAUUAACAACACUACUAACAGUGUUAAUAUGUUGUAAUGCGGAAACCUUUGCCUCCACAUCCUAUAUAAUGGGAAGGUCCAUGCCAGCCAUUGAAAUCGAUGCCAUACGCGAUGAAUACCUUAGUUUGGAACAAUCUUUGUGGCAACAUUUACAACGUUCCCAAAAUAAUCGCAAUACCGAACAACAAAUGCGUAAAAUAGCCGAUACACAUAGAAAAUUCAUAAAUGAACAUAUGAAUUCUACAUGGCCCAUGGGUAAAUAUGAAUUAUUAAAUCAUUAUGAAUGGAGUAUAUUGGAACGUGAUCUACAGCAAAUUGAAACAUUAUUUGGUGCAUUUAAGCGUGUUCUUAAUUCGCAAGAAAACAAUGUUGAAUUCUCACGUUCUCAGGAAUUGGAUGAUCUCAUGGAUAAUAUUUUGCGCAACGAUAAGACCUUUUCAAUGGGUCGUAUAUUUCAGGAUACGGAAUUGAUAAUGGUGAAACAAACAAUGUAUUAUCGUGCCAUGAUGGCUUCUAAAGAAGAAAGAUGUUUAAAUCAACAAUCAACACAACAAUUUAUCUACUCAUUAUAUACGGAUAUUGCAUUAACGGAACUUAAAGGUUAUACAAUGAUGGAAUUCUCAUGGAUGAUGCUGAGAGUGUAUGGCAAGGGAAAUUUCACACAAGAAGCUGAACUUAUGCGUAAUGAUUAUGAAAAACGUACUGAAAAAACUGUGCGCCUGUUACGUGAAGUUAUGCAAAGAGCUGAACGUAUUGUCUGGCGUUGUGAUCCCGAAAUAUAUAUUAAGGGUAUAAAUUAUGAGGAAGUAACACGUUUGAUACAGGGUUAUAUUGAAAAUGAAGUGGAUAUGAAUUAUAAUCGUGAAUGUUGGAAGACCUGUGAUGAUUAUGAACGUACCAAGAAUGAGGGUUGUUUUAAGGAUAAAUUCUGUGCCCGUCAGGAACGUUGUUCGGGUCAUAUACACAAUUGUCGUUAUGUUGAUUCGGAUAUGACAAUAUGUCCAUCGGCUCGUGACAGUGUACGUCGUUAUGAAUUUAUUGAAUAUGAAAAUGGUGUUACUUUGGGUAAGGCCUCCAACUGUCCUCGUGGUAAAACCCCGGUUGAUUCAUGGUGGCGUUAUUUGUUCUGGCAUUGUACUUAUUGUUUCUGUUUGUGUGAUGAUCAAUACAGCACGAAAACCGAUCGUUAUUUCAAUUUACGUGAGACCUUAUCGAAUAUCAAUGACAACAAAGUUGUUACUGGUUUACGUUUUACUAAGAAAAAUCGUGUAUUCCAUUUGCAAAUACAAGAGGGACAACUUUUACCCAGAGGCAUGAUUAAUGAGUCAACAUUGGAGUGGAAACCGGUCGACAACUACACUCUCAAUGAGAAGGGUGUACAUAAUAAUCGUGAUUAUUAUACAUUAACCUAUGGUGCUCGUUCUAUUGAUUUGGAUGAUAUACACACGGAGGAUAAUACAUUUGUAGUGACGGGUGUACGUUUUCGGGUGGUGGGGGCCCAUUUGAAUUUGGAGGCUAGAUUAAGUGAAUUUAAUUUUGAAACUGGUCAACUGGUUAAUCCUAAAGAAAAUAGUUUUUGGAAAUCUAAUGAUAACACCGAUGUUAGUGGUGAUAGAAGAGCCAAAAUCGAGCUAAAAGAUCCCGAUGUACCCAUACGCACCAUUGCCAAAUCUGUGCCCGAUUCACGUCACAAUCAAUAUUUGGAAUUUUCUGCUUCUAGUUUUAACAAGGAUGCUUCACAAUCCACUGUACCCUUUAUAGACAUACAAGAUGUGGUCUCUAAGCCCUCAGUGCCUUUGGCUGGCAUCGGCAUCUACCAUAAGGGUAGACCUGGUUUUGGUGGCUUUUUGGCUCCCAAACUUAUGACUUAUGAUUUUGCUCCGCAUAUUCAUACACCUCGUAGAACUUAAAAUUUCCUUUAUGUUUUCUCUAAGCAUUCUUUAUUAUACAUAUAAAUCUUUACUAUAUAUUAUCUCGGUAUCUCUUUUAUUCUCAUUUAUUUUGUCGUAAAAUUUUUUGAACAUUUUUUUUUUAUUAACGCCCUAGUAGAACGAACAAAAUAAUUGAAUCUAUUAUAAUUUUAUUUAAUAUUUUUUAUAAAUUAAAAUAUAUUCUUUAAAUUUAAGCAUAAUGUUUAAUAAACAUAAAAACAAAAAGCAUAAUUGUGAGUAAUUAAAUCAUAUGAAAAAAAAAAGCAUUAACAAAAUGCCAAAUAUAGAAAUUACUUUAAAAAUAUAUAUUGGAAAUAUUAGAAAUCAAUGUAAGCAUACAUUUAAUGAUUUUGCUACAAUUUUGAAUAUUGUAUUUUUAACGAAUAAGUCGUAAUUCUGUAGUAAUGUAGUAAGAGUAUAAAAAAAAAUCUUAAUAAAUACCAAUAAAAAGUAUUAAAAUCUUGAAAA